AUGUCACUAUCGAACAAUUUGUCGAAAAGUCCUCACCAGCAGUGGAUUUGGGUUCAAGGUAUCGACAGGGAGGCAGAAGAUCCCGACAGGACCAAGCAGUACGGUGGCGCUCUGGCAGAAGCAACCUCCAUCAUGAACAGCUUGAUGGAUAAUCUCAUGGAGUUAGAGCGUGGACCUAAAGGGAAAAGGAAGGCACCACGAGAUCAAGUAUCUCUGCGUUCUGGCUGGACUGUGGGCAAGUGGCUUCUCUUCCCCAAACCCCAUGAGAUCGACAAAGUGUGGUCGGUAGUAGCAUCAUCCGUCGCUCAUGGCCCACUGAGGGACGCCGGAGUGUUUCUCAGCAAGGUUGCUCCGAAAAAUACACAUAAUCUCGAGUCAUCUCACCUCAUAUGCUUGUAUAUCCACGACGUUUACGAUCUGAUCGCGGUCCGCAAAGUCUUGGAAACUCUAAUACGACAUCAUGGGCUCGAACCAACGGCGGUCAAAUCGGAUCUGUACACUUUGGCAGGUAUUGAUUCGAAUCAUCCCACAAAGCUUCGGUCGAGUAUUUGGCGACCAUACGAAGUGCUGCCAGGGGGUAAAACCGAGGUUGAGGCCCUCAAGGAAGAGUUCCUCUCCAUAUCAUCCAGCGGUGGAUCACAUCAGGGUUCUGGCGGAAUACCAAAGCGCGCUCGCGACCAGGGCCUGAUAGACACCGAUUCUGAGGAGGAGAGGAUAGUCCGGAGGCACAAGACAAAUGCCAAUGUGGACUCAAGACCGACCCAACAGCCCCUGUUAUUCAAGAGGGCUGAGAAUGCCAAGAUCGUCAAGCCAAAGUCCAAGCUGGCUGGAUUGAAGUUCAGAGAGGAGAAUAUCUUCGCCGGAUCGGACAACGAUUGA